AAGACCUCAAAUUCUAAACUUGAGGUCUCAAAAUCAAAUUCGUGGAAAAAGUCAUUGGAUGGAUGAAUUUGUGUGUAAUGUUGGUAAUCAAAUACAGGCUCUGACAUCAAAGAAAAAACAUGUUGUGUUGGUAACACGGUUCAAUCAGUUUAAGACAGUUGCAGACAUUUUUAAAGCCAGUUUUACUGACCAUAACUGAACCCACAGUAAAGGAGAUACCAUUUGUUUAUGGUGGUUUGGAGAAGAAGUAACUGUUGUUUAAGUGAACAUAUCCCUGAGUGUAUCCUUCUUUGACAUAAUUAUUUUGUAACAAAGUUCUAUACAUCAUGCGAAUAAUUCUGGACUUGUGAAAUAUUUCUUCGGGUAGCAUGAAAGUAAGAUUUAUUUUGUCAAAUCUUUGUAAAUUUUAAUCUUGCCAGUAAACGUUAAAAUUUUCUAUUUACCGAUAUGAAUCCUGAAAGUAACCAAACUGAUUUGGUCUGUGACUUGAAUCACCAAGGAGUCCAUACUGACACAAAACCAUUUCUUUGUGAUAUUGGGGCAAACGCUUUCUCACAAGAUCUCCCACUGACCAACAAUCAGCCAGUCCAAACUGGAGAGAAACUAUUUACUUGUGACAUUUGUGGAAAAGGUUUCCCAAAUGAGUCUAGCCUAACAAUCCAUCAGCGUGUCCACACUGGAGAGAAACCAUUUGUUUGUGACACUUGUGGAAAAGCCUUCUCACGAAAACAUUGCUUGAUAAGCCACGACCGUGUCCACACUGGAGAGAAACCAUUUUCUUGUGAUAUUUGUGGAAAAGCAUUUUCAUUUAAAACCAGUCUUAGUAGACACCAGAGAGCCCACAAAGGAAAGAGACCAUUUGUCUGUGGUAUUUGUGGAAAAUCAUUCUCACAAAAACAUUGCUUGACCAUCCACGACUGUAUCCACACUGGAGAGAAACUAAUUCCUUGUGAAAUCCGUGGAAAAUGUUUCUCACAAAAUUUCAACCUCACUGACCGUCAACAGAUCCACACUGGAGAGCAACUACUUGUAUUUGUUUGUGACAUUUGUGGAAAAGUUUUCAUAAGUAAACCUAGCCUGGUCAUCCAUCAGCGUACCCACUUGGGCGUCCACACUGGCGAGAAGUCAUUCCCUUGUAAAAUAUGUGGAAAAACCUUCACACGAAAAAACGACUUAACCGUCCACAACCGUAUCCACACUGGAGAGGGACCAUUUCCUUAUGACAAUGUAUGUGGAGAUGCCUUCAACAGAAAACAACAUGCAGAACGUCAUCAACUGAUCCACACUGCUGGAGAAAAACGAUUUAUUUGUGAAAUAUGUGGAAAAGCUUUUUCACAAAAAUCCUACCUGACAAUUCAUAUGCGUGUCCACACUGUAGACAAGCAAUUUGGUUGUAACAUUUAUGGAGUGUCUUUCACUAGUAAAAAGAGAUUAACUGGGCAUCAACACAGUAUCCACGCUGGAGAGAAACCAUUCGCUUGUGAUAUUUGUGGAAAAGUAUUUGCUCAAAAGGUCAGUGUCAGGUGUCACCAGGGAGUGCACACUGAAGAAAUACCAUUUGUUUGUGAUAUUUGUGGAAAAGUCCUGAAAUCCAAAAAGGAAUUUGACGAACACAAAUGUGUCCACCCUGUAGGGGAGCCAUUUGUUUGUGUUAUCUGUGGAAAAGCAUUUUCUCAAAAAACCAGUCUGAAUCGUCACCAGAAUGUACACACUGGAGAGAACCCAUUUGUUUGUGUAAUUUGUGGAAAAGCAUUUGCUCUUAGAGGUUAUUUAAAAAGUCACCAAAGAGUCCACACUGGAGAGAAAACAUUUGUUUGUGACAUUUGCGGAAAAGCAUUUGCUCUUAGCGAAAAUUUAAAAAGUCACAAAAGAGUACACUCUGUAGAGAAACCAUUUGUUUGUGAUAUCUGUGGCAAAGCAUUCUCUCAAAAAGGCUCUCUGAAUCGUCACAAGAAAGUACACACUGGAGAGAAAACAUUUGUUUGUGACAUUUGCGGAAAAGCAUUUGCUCUUAGCGAAAAUUUAAAAAGUCACAAAAGAGUACACUCUGUAGAGAAACCAUUUGUUUGUGAUAUCUGUGGCAAAGCAUUCUCUCAAAAAGGCUCUCUGAAUCGUCACAAGAAAGUACACACUGGAGAGAAACCAUUUGUUUGUGACAUUUGUGGAAAAGCAUUUGCUCUAAGAGACAAUUUAAAAAAUCACAAAAGAGUCCACACUGGAGAGAAACCAUUUGAUUGUGACAUUUGUGGAAAAGCAUUUGCCCUUAAAAGCGGUUUAAAGAUUCAUGAAAGAGUCCACACUAGAGAAAAACCAUUCAUUUGUGACAUUUGUGGAGAAGGCUUCACUUAUAACUUUGCUCUCUGUAACCAUCACCAAACUCACAUUGAGGAGAAACCUAUCGUUUGUGAUAUUUGUGGAAAAGUCUUGAAAUCUCGAAAGAAAUUUGACAAACACAAAUGUGUCCACCCUGUAGAGAAACCAUUUGUUUGUGAUAUAUGUGGUAAGGUAUUUUCUCAAAAAGGCAGUCUGAAUCGUCACCAGAAUGUACACACUGGAGAGAAACCAUUUGUUUGUGUAAUUUGUGGAAAAGCAUUUGCUCUUAGAGGUUAUUUAAAAAGUCACCAAAGAGUCCACACUGGAGAGAAACCAUUCAUUUGUGACAUUUGCGGAGAAGGCUUUUCUCGUAAGUCUGCUCUCUCUAACCAUCACCAAACUCGCAUUGGGGAGAAACCAAUUGUUUGUGAUAUUUGUGGAAAAGUCUGGAAAUCACAAAAGAAAUUUGACAAACACAAAUGUGUCCACCCUGUAGGGGAGCCAUUAGUUUGUGACGUAGUUAAAAAGGAGUAGUGGACACUAUUGGUAAUUGUGAAAGACCAGUCUUCUCACUUGGUGUAUCUCAACAUAUGCAUAAAACAACA